AUGGAAAUCGCUCCAGCAAUGCAUUCCCACUUCAACUCUUCAUCACAUGAUCGUCAUUACUAUGCUAGUGUUCCGUCUAGUCCCACUCGCCUCACGGAGUUAUAUUGUGAAAUGGAUGAGUUAUUAGACUCUUCCCAUUAUAAACAGAACAGUUGUCUAGCAACUGUUCCGUUUAUUUGGGAGGAGAAACCUGGUGUUUCAAAAACACCUGAUAACAAUUUAUUAGAAAAUGAUUUUUCAUUCGAUGUAAGUUGUCCUUUUAGUAAUGACUCUUCAAUUCCUGCUGAAGAUUUAUUCCAUGGAGGUGUAAUCAAGACCGUUCAUCAUCCGCCACAUAAAUUAGAUAGAGAAAGAGGAAGAGAGAAAGGAUUUUCAUCAUCUCGUUUACCUUCUUCAAAAAGUAGAAGAACAAGAUCUUUGUCGCCCAUAGGGGCUUCAAAUUACCGUCGAGAAAAACAAAUUAGUGCGAAUGUGAUGCCUGUAUCCACUCGUGCUCAUUUGCCUGAUAAUGGUACGAAAAGAUGGAGUUUCAAAGAUAUGUUUUUGUUUAGAAGUGCUUCAGAUGGUAGAGCAUCAGAAAAAGACCCUUUGAAGAAAUACUCGACCAAGAACUCGUGUGAAUCUGGUUCGGUAUCAAAAAGAGGUAGGCGGGUGUCACCUCAUGAGCUACAUUACAAUUUAAACCGUGUAAAUUUAAAUGAGAUGAAGAAGAAAACAUUUCUUCCAUAUAAGCAAGGUAUUCUUGGAGGAUUAUGGUUUAAACGAUAA